AUGCAGCUGCGCUGCCUGCUGGCGGCCCUGCUGGCGGCGGGGCUGCCCGGGCAGUGCCAGGCAUGGCGCCUGCGCCGUGCCCGCCAGCGCUCCCACAUGGCGCGGCGCCAUGAGGCGCUGCUGUUCGCGCGGCAGUCGGCGCGCUCGGCGAGGUUCCGCUCGGUGCAGGCCCUGCGGGUGAUCCACAAGACCGCGUACUGGGGCACCAUGACCCUGGGCACCCCGCCGCAGCCCUUCAAGGUCAUCUUCGACACCGGCAGCGGCAAUCUGAUCGUGCCCAGCUCGGACUGCACCUCCGCGGGCUGCGCGCCGCACAGGAAGUUCCGGCGGAACGCCUCCAGCACAGCGCAGGCGGUGAACAACGAGCGGGGGGAGAGCUCCUCGGAGAUCACCUUUGGCACCGGUCAGAUCGCCGGCGGCUUCUUCAGGGACAGGCUCUGCGUGGGCGAGUCCCUCUGCAUCGGCGCGAGCUUCAUAGCGGCCGACCGCGAGACGACGGAGCCGUUCGCGGAGAUUCCCUUCGACGGCAUCAUGGGCCUGGGCUUCAAGGAUCUGUCCAUGGGGGACGGCUUCAACAUGGUGGACGACCUGGUGGGCAAGGGUGCCUUGCCCGGUGCCCAGUUCUCCUUCUACCUCACGGACACGGGCGACAGCGAGGUGACGUUCGGCGGCUACAGGCCUGAGUACCUGGCAUCGAGCAUCGUGUGGGCGCAGGUGAAGAGAGAGUCCUACUGGCAGGUGGGCAUCGACGACAUCACCUUCAACAGCAGGCCCACGGGUCUCUGCGGGGGCGGCUGCCAGGUGGCGGUGGACACGGGCACCUCCAUGCUGGCGGGGCCGUCGAGCCUGGUGGACAAGCUCUCGGACCAGAUCAACGCCAAGCCCGACUGCUCCAACUUCUCGAAGAACCUCGCGGUCGCGAAGCAGUCGGACGACUCCCACAUGGACCACGACUUCAUCACGGACGUCGGGGCCGCGGGCGGGGACCCGGGAGUGCCGCCCGACCAGGGCGAGGUGGAGAGCGCGGUGAGCCUCCCGCUGGACUCCGGCAUGAUGGGCGACGCCGGCGACGCCGGCCAGCCGAGCGACGACCAGCCCGGCGGGGCCGCGCCGACGGGCCAGGCCACCCAGGAGGCGGCGGCGCAGGCCGCCGACACGGCGCCGCCCGCGGCGCAGGCGGACGGCGCCGACGCCGCCGCGGCGCCGCCGCAGGCCGCGCCGCAGGCGGCGCCGCAGGCUGCGGCGCCGCCGCCGCAGGGUGCUGGCGCGGGCGGCGGAUUGCAGGCGCCCCCUCGUGCGAGGUUUUUUGCACCUGCUGCUGUGUGA